CCAGCUAGCGAAAGACGUUCGAAUAUUCGAACGUGUACGCUGGGCCGAGGAUCGGAACGUCGCGUCGGGUACGAUGCAGGUGACGGUGAUCCAUGCGAGAAUGGAUUCAGAUGGUCCAUACAUGGAUAGUUGACUCGCAGCGGAAGGACCCUACCAACUGGUCGAGGGAUGUUUUUUUCGAGCUGAACUUCCAAAUAUCCCAUUCCCUUCUUAAUUAAUUGGAUAAUUACUUGGAGGUCGCUUACAAGAUCAAUCAGACAAAAUGUCGCAGAAAACACCAACAAGGGAUCGGAAAUCCGUGAGCAAAAACGUAACCCUCGUUCCGGACUCAGUCGCCAUAAUCUUCUCGCCCAUCCCGCCCAAACCCUCGGCGGGCGGAGAGACCGAUGCCUCGGCGGCUACCAGCUCGCAUCACCGGCACACGGCUAGGAAUGGAAAGGAACUUUUCAAGGAGUUACAACGGGAAAAUAAGCACAGUGUUUGGAAUAAAGCGUUGGCGGAAAGCAUUCGAGGACUAAGCCUUGUUGGAACCCUCGAGCCUUGGACCAUUCUUGUGAGAGGAGAUGAAGAGCAGUUGGACUGCCUCCGCUCUGCUUACUCCAGAAGAGUGCUGAAACCUCCAAGGAAUUUCACCAUCUCAAAUCUAGGUAAGGUCGUUUAUCCCAAAUUAGACGUUUCCAAGUAGACCAUUAUUGUCGGUAAGAUAGAAAUGUAAGCAGAUGGGAAGCAUUGUGCAUGUCAAAAGUUUGGUAAUAAACAAUUGCAAAGUGGUGUGACUAAAAUUAUAAAAUUAAAAGCAAUUAGCAGAGAUCCCAAGUUUAAAGACCAGUUAUGCGUGAGAUUUUCUGUGAAUCUGAGUGAGAUCACAGACAUUGUGUAAAAUGUAUAUGGGGAUAGGCUGUGA